UUUGUGGUGCGUAAGUUACGCAGAAGUCGGCCGAGAAUAUGUCGGUUUUGAUCGCGUUUGCAGUGAUCGUCCUAGCGUCCCCUCCAUCGCUGAUGGCGGCCCCCGGUGCCGACCCGGGGGUCUUUGGCGGGGUGCCCAUAAUCGACGAGAAAGUUUGGUCGCAGCCUGGCGUGGACAUACCGUUUCCUGACGAGUCUGACAUCCAGAGCCACGACUACGACUACAGCGACGUCAGUCCAAUGGAGGCGGUUCCUGAGAGCAAGGCUGUCAUUCCUGCUGACUUGCCUGUAGGACUGCGCCAUGCCUUGUCUCCCUCUGACCACCAACAUCGCCGGACCCUCAGUGUUGUGAAGAGCGUGUACCGCGGUGUGACGUGUCGCGGGUUCAUCGGCAACAGGAGCAUCUUCGUGCAGUCUCCCCGGCACCUCGCCGACGUUGAGAAGAAACUCGCCGUCGCCAUUAAUGUCAUCGUCCAUUCCAAAGACCUGAGCCCCCAGUGCGAGGACUACGCCAUCAAGUCUCUGUGCUACGCGUCUCUGCCGCUCUGCGCUGAUGACGGCGAAGGCUCUGUCGCGGCCCCGCGUCAGCUCUGCAGGGAGGAGUGCGAAGUUCUCGCGACUGACGUAUGCAAGUACGAGUACCUCAUCGCUAAGACCCACGAGCAAAUAAAGCAGCUCCCCAUCCCUGAGUGCCACGACCUCCCCCCCAUCACCUCCGCCCUUCAUAGAUCCUGUAUCCGCCUGGGCGUCAAAGUGGAGCCCCUAAUAGAAGGUGGGGGUAACGAGGACUGUUACCGUGACGCGGGCCACAAGUACCGUGGUCGUGUGUCGGUGACAGAAGAUGGUCAGCCGUGUGUAUCAUGGCACCAGAUGCAGCUGUCCUUCAGGACCGCUGACCACGCCGAGCUCAUCGGUGGACACAACUUCUGCCGCAACCCGGCCAGCGUCAUGGACAAGCCCUGGUGCUACGUCCACUCGGACAAGAACAACGCGGGUGCCGCGGACAACAUUAAUAUGGUCAAGAGGCCAUGCAGGGUGCCUGUGUGCCGGGACCUCUCAUGGGUCUACAUUGUGAUUGCUUCGCUGGUGGGUGGCACCGUAUUGUUUGUAAUGCUUCUCGGGAUCUUAUUUAAAAGAAGAAAGUCUUCUCCUAAAGCCCCUAAGCCCAAAACUGUAGAGCUUAACGCCCUGCUGCCUAAACAGCAGCAACAUCACCUCCUACAGCAGCAGCAGCAGCACCUUCAGCAAGUCAGAGCGAGGGAGUUUCCAAUCUCCAGCGUCAGGUUCAUGCAAGAACUCGGCGAAGGAGCUUUCGGCAAAGUAUACCGUGGAGAGCUGCGCGUGCUGCCCUCCGACACGACGACGCUGGCCGUGGCCGUGAAGACGCUGAAGGAGAACGCGACGGUGAAGACCCGGCAGGACUUUCACAGGGAGGUCGACCUCAUGUCAGAGCUGCGCCACCCCAACAUCGUGUGUCUUGUGGGCGUCGUGCUUAAAGAGGAGCCCAUGUGCAUGAUCUUCGAGCACAUGUCCCAGGGCGACCUGCACGAGUUCCUCCAGCAGCACUCGCCACGUCACGACGUCUCCCUCAGCAGCGAUGACGGCGGCGCGCUAGAGCCUGCAGACAUGCUCUCCAUAGCCACGCAGAUCAGCGCCGGUACAGACUACCUAGUGAGCUACGGCGUCCUGCUCUGGGAGAUCUACAGCUACGGCCUACAGGUGAGCUACGGCGUCCUGCUCUGGGAGAUCUACAGCUACGGCCUACAGCCGUACUACGGCUACAACAACCCCGAGGUGAUCGAGCUGAUCAGGUCGCGCCAUCUGCUGCCGUGUCCCGACAACUGCCAACCGCGCAUCUACGCGCUCAUGGUCGAGUGCUGGCAUGAGACGCCGCACCGCAGGCCUUCCUUCAGGGAGAUCCACCAGCGGCUGCGCUCGUGGUCGGGCCUCGAAGUUGGCACCGGCGUGACAGGCUUGUCCAUUUCGUCCAUCUCGGGCAAUGGCGGCCAAUACUCGACCGCUGGUGGUCAAUAUGCUUCCAGUGGCCAUUUCACACCCGGACUCGUUAAUAACCUCAACCUGACGGGCAGUAACUUAACCGGCAGUAACUUGACGGGAACGUUAACCGGUAGCGUUUCGGGUCAGUCUGGGUCCCAGCAUUCCAGCACCGGCCCUUCAAACAACACCGGGUCCACCAACCUCUCUGGGACUACCCAACCACCUCACCUACCACGACCAUACCACGCUGGUCCUCCAUACACAACCAUGGCUAGUGGUGUUAACCCUAGUGCACAACCUCUACAACCCCCACAAUCCCCUGCAUACUCAGCCCCAUACAACCCCAACUCUAGCUCUAACGGAGCGGGGUUAUACCCUAAGAUGAACCCACCCAUUCCCCCACCGGUGAGCACCAAUCAGACGGUGUAUUUGGCGCAGAGAAGCAAUGCUCUUGGUGGGUCCCCGGUUACCGUGAGGGUUGCCCACGACGCUCAGCUCGCCAACCUAUAAAGGGAGCACUAUAAUUUUGUUGUGUAUAUGUAUAUACGAUCGAACGACGGUGCUGUAUUAUCAUUAAUUAAUGUCCUUAGCUUCAUCGGUAGAAAUCUUACUCAAUUCACGAAUUAAUGAGAUUGAAAAAAUGUCGUUGAAAACUCAAUCGUAUUCAAUAAACUGAUAUUUUUUUCGAAUUUUUGCAGUUUUUCGGCUACUGUUUUGGUAUGUGCUGUUUGAUACUUUAGCGAUAUUUUGAUGGCUUGAAUGAAAAAACGUUUUCAAAUCGCUAGGUGAAGAAUAUUUCUUAAACUAUAUGAUGAGAUAAACGUGUAAUACAUUAUCGCUGCCAUAAAAAAGUCAUUUAUGUUAGAAAAAUGAAUUUAAUCGUGUAGGUAUGUAAAUUUAUUUAUUAAAUUCUUUAAUUAUCUUCAUAUCAAAAAGCAGUUGAGAAAAUGUAAAUGUUUGCAUAUUCAUGGAUUGCAUGCGACCCUGCUGAGGAAUGCCAUGGUUAAAUGCUUCAAGGGAACCUACGUUUGCUUGUCCCAGUGAAAGCUUCUGAAGUUAGCCACGAAAUUUUAUAUUUGUAUCAGUUUUUCAUCAGUCGGACAAGCUGAAGAAAAUGAAAUCGCUGAUAUACAUCAGUCGAUUAAAGUGCAAAUAAUAAUUUAAUAACAUAAUUCAUUCAUCACUUGAUGUGGUUUGGAAAACAAUGAAAUUACUAUAGUAACCCUGGAACAUUUGGUCAACUCGACACCAAAUUAAGCGUUGGCUAAAAAAGUUCAUAGAGCUAAUUUUUUCGAAAGCUUGGUCUUUGUUUACAUUCCAAUACCGAAAAUAUUCUAAAUGCAAUUAAGUUGAUACAUCAUCUUGAAAUUUUCUGAAAUAAUUAAUGAAAGAAAACAAUGUGGUCUUAUAAUAUAAUGAAUUUAUUUAUCGCAAUAAGUUCUAGCUUACUUUUAAUUGCAUUUACUAUAUUUUGUAUGCUACCGCCUCUUGGCUGAAGCGCUUAACGUUCUCUUGCUUCUGUACUGUUCCGCAAAAAUGGCUCUUUUACUUGUUAUAUUGUAAAAACAAAAACUUGAAAUAAUUAUGCCAACGUAAAUUAAUUAAUGUGAUCCCGACACCAAAACACCCCUGUAAUCGAAUAAAAUAAUUAAAUUUAAUAUCUUUAGAAAUUGAGGAGCUCUUUGUUAUAUAUAGUUUGUUAACAGGUGAGUUCAUUGCCGAUGAGCGUCCGAGAAUUUUUAACUAUUUUCGCUCAUAAUUGCACAAAUUAGAACCAAUCUGUUAACGCUCUUCA